UGACAUGAAACGCUGGGUAAACCAUUCUACUAGUACUGUUCCGGGAUGCAGUUUUGUUCUGAAACCAGAGUUUCUCCUAUCCUAUGCUAUCUUCCUCAAGGAUACAACAGUUGAAAAGCAAUGCAUCCCCCCCACCCAAUUUAUUCACAUUUUGUAUUAUUAUAUGCGUGUAGAUUCGAGACUCUGAGGAAGACCCUGCCAGUAUCCGUGCCAGACGAACUGAAGGAACUUCAAGAAAUCGCCAGGCAAUUCGAAGAGAGGAUCUACACUGAAGCAACCAAUCAGUCUGAUUAUGUGCGGAAGAUUUCUCUGAAAAUGCUCUCUAUGGAGACGAACAGACAACUAGCUCCUGGAAAUGCUCAAGUGAUUCCAAAUCAAAACAACUCAGAAUUACUCCAGCAAAUUGUUGGGAGGCAGCAGCAACAAGCACAUCCCUCCAUUCAUCAACAGCCUUCGCUGCAGAGUCAGCAGCCCAAUAUUCCUUUACAGCAGCUGCAACAGCAGUUGAUGGGGCACCAGCCAAAUUCACAACAAGAUCAGCUAAUUGGUCCACAUAAUGGUGCUGUGGAGAUGCAGGAGCAACAGAGGCUACCAGUUCAGUCAAAUAAUCUUUUGAACGUGCAGCAAGCACAGCAGAUGUUGAAUCAGCAGUAUAUGCUUCUGCAUCAGCCACAUCAAUUGGGCUCUCAGGCAAACAUGGCGAGUCUGCAGCAUCAGCAACUUCUUGGAACUGUGCCUUACAUGCUCUUGCAACAAAAUAACAUGGAUCCGAUUCAGGCACAGAGAGGCCUUCAAGAAGUUUCCUCUAGUACAUCUGCGGACUCUACUGCUGAAACAGGUCAUGCAGAUGCAGAUGUAGAUUAUUGGCAAGAGGAGAUAUAUCAAAUGGUCAAGAUGUUGAAGGACCAAUACUUUGCAGACCUCAGUGAACUGUACAAUAAGAUAUGUGUGAAGCUACAGCAUGUUGAGAGCAUUACACCGCCUCCGGUUCCAUCUGAGCUGCAUGGUAGAAUGAAGAGCUUUAAAACAUUGUUGGAACGUAUACUACAAAUGCUGCAAAUUAGCAAGAGUAUCAUCCAGCCUGCUAUGAGGGACAACGUUCCUCAAUACGAGAAACAGAUUAUCACUAUCUUGAAUUGUCUAAGGCAGGCAGCGCAGCCACAAGUAGAGCAAUAGUUUCAGGAGAGCCACCUGCAGGACAAGCUCUUAAUUCUAGCAUUUCGCAUUAGCAACAACCUUCCCAAAAAUUUGUGGCAGCAAAGCAUGAUAGAUAGUCAUACACUGGUUAAAGUCAUUGUAGAGUCUGGUUAGAAGACUGGUG